CAUGAACCCACUCAAGCGCCCCCCCGGGCACACGCAACGCUUUUCUGCUUGUUUCGUCUUGCUCGAUAUAUGCAAAAGAUUGCUCGCAAUCUUUGCCCCAGUUUCUCUUCGUCUUCGUCUUCUUCCUUCUUGCUCCUUCUCCGUCUCUCCUUCUCUCCCUCCCGCCCCAUUCUGUCCUUAAUCGUUUUCAUACUGUUGCUUCCUGCAAACGCGUCCAUCCGUUCUGUGGUGUCGCCGCCGUUCUUCCACGCUUCUCUUGCUCGAGAUAGACCAUGGCUCGCGACUAAUUGCCGCACGCCUCGACGAAGUUUACCACACCUCGUCGCUUCCAUUGCACCCGUCACUUGGCCACGGUCAGCUAGACGCUGAGCAGAUCAAAUUUCAAGCCCAUUUUCUUCAUUCGCUCAUUACACCCGGUCUGGUUGCUGCCCGUGUUGGAAGCCCCGGAUUCGAUAUCCGAACAACGCAGCCCACCAAAUUCCUAGACAUAUCACCGAGAAAAAAAAAUCUUUGUAGAGGAACACCCACAUUCUCCCUUCUCGUCUUGUAGUCAAUUGAAAGCGAAGAUGCUAUUCAUCGGGCGCCCGUUGACGCUGCUUGCGCUUGCCGUCUGCACCUAUGUCUUCCUCACGUGGACUUACAGGACGUCUGCACCGUCACCUUCCGCCAAGCCAGACUACAUAUAUGAUGAGAAUGGCUUUCGGAUAUACCACGCCCCCAAUGAGAAGCAAGGCGGGAGUUCGAAGACGCAGCAGGAGCCUAUGAAAGACGAGCAUCAGCAUCUCAUGAGUUCAAGCGCUCAAACGGACAAGGCAAAGCGACCGCCUUCUACCAAAGCCCCGACGAAGCCUGCAAAGGUCUACACGGCCUCGAGUGAUCUGCCAAUGCCGACUCUAGAGCCAGAACAGAUGGAACAGUACAUGAGGGACAUGAUGCAUUGGAAUCGACCAGGUCAUGUGGACGGCCACUGGCCGGACUACGAGGCCUUCGACGACGACUCAGAAUAUGAUCCGAACCGCUGGGAGGGUUUUGAAAUGGAGCGCAACUUCUAUGAAAGCGGAAUUUCAAAGUUCACGCCUGCGCAGUUGGCUUCUCAAAAGCCUUAUCUACCGUAUCCAGCGUACACGUCCGACGAGUGGAAGAGGAAAUACGAGGGUGACUUUCACGUUUGCGACGGUCCGAGAGGCGGGCCCUUGAACGACGAUCUCAUAGACGCUAUGCGAGCUUACCCGACCAAGCCACAGGACUUUCCAGGCGAGUUCACAGGCUCAGCCGAUGCGAUCGGUCUGGACUCGGACGUGUGCUUUGAUCGCGUGCAGCGAUACGGAGCGUACGGAUACAACCCCCUUUCGAGCUCGCAGAACAGUCUGGUAGACUGGGCAAGCGUAAAGUGGGGUGAGCUGCAGGACAAAUGCUUCCAGCGGAACCAGGAACGCUUCAAGCCAAGCGCACGGGUCGAAUGGAAAUUCACCCCGGAUUUCGCCAAACCGGAAGGCCAGUCCUGGACCCGGUUCCACGAAGAGUCGCGGAGAGGCGAAGAAGCGCAGAAAGAAUUGUCCUUGGGGAACAAGUCAUACCGACCUCGGACAGCUGUUUUGAUCCGAACCUGGGAAGGCUACAAGUACUCUUCGAACGACAUUCUCGCUAUCCGAGCGAUGAUCUCCGAGCUCAACUUGCGAACGGGAGGCGAGUACCAGGUCUUCCUCUUUGUCAACAUCAAGGACUAUGACGCCCCAAUCUUCACGGAUCCACACGCGUACAGGCGCAUGCUUAUCAAGAAUGUGCCCCGCGAGCUGCGAGACAUCGCCGUGCUGUGGAACGAGAAGGUGUGCAAACAGAUGUAUCCGGGCGUCACCGACUGGCAGGUCUACUGGCAUCAGUUCAUGUCUGUCCAGUGGUUCUCGCAGCAGCACCCCGAAUACGAUUACAUCUGGAAUUGGGAGAUGGACGUGCGAUACAUUGGCAACCACUUCCACUUCUUGGACCGCGUUCAAGAUUUCGCCCUGAAGCAGCCAAGGAAGUAUCUCUGGGAAAGAAACGCGAGGUUCUACAUCCCAGACUUUCAUGGGAAGAGCUAUGAACGUUUCGUGGAGGACACGCACAAAAUCAUCAAAGAAGCUUCUGAGGCUGGAGACAUUCCCCCGCCGGUUUGGGGUCCCAUGCCGUACAAGGAUAAGCAGAACCCAAGCGGACCUAAGCCUCCACACUCUAUCGAAGAGGAUGACUUCGAAUGGGGCGUCAACGAGGAGGCAGACAUCAUCACCCUUCUGCCCAUCUGGGAUCCUACCAACACGUCUUGGACGAUGCGCAACAAGAUCUGGAACUACAACGAAGGCGUGCACCCCGUCUUCAAUGACGAGCACCCUACGGACGACGAAUUUUUCGACCCUUUACAGCAAGAGAUUCCGCGCCGCGCUUACAUCAACACCGUCCUUCGCCUUAGCAAGAGACUGCUCGACGCGAUGCACGAAGAGAAUUUGGCAGGCAGAACGAUGCAAGCCGAGAUGUGGCCCACCACUGUAGCCCUGCAGCAUGGGUUCAAAGCCGUGUAUGCACCGCAUCCAAUUUACUCCGCCGUCAAGUGGCCCGCUCGCUACGCAGACGCCAUUUUCAACGCCGACGACGGCAUUCCCGGACGUUGGGGUCAGGGCGAAGAUUCCGUUUACAACCAAGAUCGGGAGGUCAACUUCCGUCCAUUCAGUUGGUACUACCAUGCUCGGUUCCCUCGAAUCCUGUACAGGCGGUGGAUGGGCUGGUCCGCACAGGAUGGCCUGGGUGACUUUGGCGGCCCAGAGUGGGAGGCGGAGGAGAAGCAGGGCAGGAUGUGCCUGCCACCGAUGCUGCUGCAUCCGGUCAAGAGAGAUGACCUUGAGGAUUCGUGAUCUACUCUGUUUUUUAAACUUAGAUUCCCAAUCUUUUUUUUUUUUCAUGUAUCGAAAGGCAUGUCAUAUCAUUGCGAAGGCGCUGGAUGGGAGGUUCAUUACUUCUUGUGUAUAUAUAGGUCUGCAGGUGUCUGAAGACGCCUCAGAAGAGAAUGGCCAUCUAGGCUCAAUCAUCGCGGCUAGAACAUCUCGCCAUAUCACAGCAAAG